AUGGGCGGAGCCAGAGGCUUAGCGUGGGCGAUGAAGCAGCAGGAUGACCAGAUGCGGGAGGAGCGGCGGGGCGGGCCGCCCAGCCAGACGCGGCUGCGGCGGUCGCCCCCGAGUGACAGAGGCCCGCGCCGAUCCUCGCCUCCGCAGACCGAGAACGGCGUGCUGCUGCCCUCCCUGCAGUCGGCCCUGCCCUUCCUGGACCUGCACGGGACGCCGCGGCUCGAGUUCCACCAGUCGGUGUUCGACGAGCUGCGGGACAAGCUGCUGGAGCGCGUGUCGGCCAUCGCCUCGGAGGGGAAGGCGGAGGAGAGGUACAAGAAACUGGAAGAUCUUCUGGAGAAGAGCUUUUCCUUGGUGAAGAUGCCGUCCCUGCAGCCGGUGGUGAUGUGCGUCAUGAAGCACUUGCCCAAGGUUCCUGAGAAGAAGCUGAAGCUGGUGAUGGCCGACAAGGAGCUGUACCGGGCCUGUGCUGUGGAGGUGAAGCGGCAGAUCUGGCAGGACAACCAGGCGCUCUUCGGGGACGAGGUCUCCCCACUGCUGAAGCAGUACAUCCUGGAGAAGGAGAGUGCGCUCUUCAGCACGGAGCUCUCCGUUCUGCACAACUUCUUCAGUCCCUCCCCCAAGACGAGGCGCCAGGGCGAGGUGGUGCAGAAGCUGACGCAGAUGGUGGGGAAGAACGUGAAGCUGUAUGACAUGGUGCUGCAGUUCCUGCGGACCCUCUUCCUGCGGACCCGGAACGUGCACUACUGCACGCUGCGGGCUGAGCUGCUCAUGUCCCUGCACGACCUGGAUGUCGGCGACAUCUGCUCCGUGGACCCCUGCCACAAGUUCACCUGGUGCCUGGACGCCUGCAUCCGUGAGCGGUUCGUGGACAGCAAGAGGGCCCGGGAGCUGCAGGGGUUUCUUGACGGAGUGAAGAAGGGACAGGAGCAAGUCCUGGGGGAUCUGUCCAUGAUCCUGUGUGACCCCUUUGCCAUCAACACUCUGUCGCUGAGCACCGUCAGGCACCUCCAGGAGCUGGUCGGCCAGGAGACGCUGCCCAGGGACAGCCCCGAUCUCCUCCUGCUGCUCAGGCUGCUGGCGCUGGGCCAGGGGGCGUGGGACAUGAUCGACAGCCAAGUGUUCAAGGAGCCCAAGAUGGAGGCAGAGCUCAUCACCAGGUUCCUGCCCACGCUCAUGUCCUUCGUGGUGGACGACCACACCUUCAACGUGGAUCAGAAGCUCCCGGCCGAGGAGAAAGCCCCAGUCACGUACCCAAGCACGCUGCCAGAGAGUUUCACCAAGUUCCUGCAGGAGCAGCGCAUGGCCUGUGAGGUGGGGCUGUACUACGUACUGCACAUCACCAAGCAGAGGAACAAGAACGCGCUCCUCCGCCUGCUGCCGGGGCUCGUGGAGACCUUUGGCGACCUGGCGUUUGGUGACAUCUUCCUCCACCUGCUCACGGGGAACCUGGCACUGCUGGCCGACGAGUUUGCCCUGGAGGACUUCUGCAGCAGCCUCUUUGAUGGCUUCCUCCUCACCGCCUCCCCGAGGAAGGAGAACGUGCAGCGGCACGUGCUGCGGCUCCUCGUCCACCUGCACCACCGGGUGGCGCCGUCCAAGCUGCAGGCCCUGCAGAAGGCGCUGGAGCCCACGGGCCAGAGCGGAGAGGCGGUGAAGGAGCUCUACUCCCAGCUCGGCGAGAAGCUGGAGCAGCUGGACCAUCAGAAGCCCAGUCCAGCCCAGACUGCAGAGACCCCGGCCCUGGAGCUGCCCCUUCCCACUGUGGCCGCCCCAGCUGGGCUCUGAGGCUUCACCUGGGGCCCCUGGGGAGUGGACAGUGGACAGGGCCCCUGGUGUGGUCAGUGGCCCUGGCUGCCAGAAGAGGCUUCCUGGACCUGCAAGGCUGGGGCCCUGAGUCUC